AUGGAUGCUGUUUUUGAACAAGAUCUGAAAAAGGUGCUCAAAGCAUUAAGUAUUAGAUGCCUACACGCUUCAACUAUUCGACUUGAAGUUCAUAUCACACAUGAAAAAGUUGCAGCAUGCCCGCGACAAAACCAAAGGUUAUAUUCUUGUGAUAGCCUGAGAAUCUUAUACAACUAUUUUUGUCUAACAACCAGAGAUUUAUUAUACAGUAAAACCUCUAUAAAUUAAUAAUGUAGGGAC